GUAUCACAGAUAUAUUGAUAUUUGACUUCCAUAAGCAAAUUCCUUCCUGUCAAAAUGGCCAGAUUGUGAAAAAACUCAAAGGAAUUCCAUACGUGACAGAACUAAAACCCAUUAGCUCAAUAUCACCAAAAGAUACAUUUAUCAUGGAAGUAAUAUGCAAUCCACCCAAUGACCAGCAAUGUGUUCCAAAUGUUUGUGAAAUUGAUCAGAUUAAGCCAUCAUUAUUGAGACGACUUACUAUUCCAAAAGAUAUCAAGUCUUUAGGAAUAAUAUGGUCCUGUCUGGUAUUACCCGAUGGUAAAUCUAUAAUAAUUCAUCACGACAAAAAACGUCUACAUCUGUUCAGUAAUGAAGGAAUAUAUAUCAGAAAGAUUAUAACAUUCAAAGAAUAUCCAAAUACUGCUUGCUUUGUCAGUAAUAGUACAGUUGCUGUCACAUUAGAAGCUAACCAGAUAGCACUUGUAGAUGUAGAAAAAAACAAAAUAAUGAAUACAACAAAACUUUCUCAUAAAUGUUAUGGAGUAGCGAGUGAUGGUAAAACUUUGGUCAUCAGUAGUGAUGACAAGUGCACUAGCGUGAAUCUGAUUGACAUGUCUCAUACAAUUUUAGAAGGCGUGGUUAAACUGAAAAGUAUUUCAUUAUUCCAAGGAAAUAUAUAUGGUACCGUUUUCUAUGAAGACCAAGUAAGGUGCUAUACAAGUACUGGAGACGUACUUUGGACAUUUCAGAGCCAUGAUAUUGACUAUUCAGGAGGACUUGCGAUAGACCAAAAUGGCUUUGUCUUUAUAUCUUCUUAUGAAAAGAACAAAAUAGUGGUAGUAUCACCAGAUGGUCAAACCAGUUAGACAGUCUUAUCAGAAGCUGAUGGAAUCAAAUCUCCUGUAGCAAUAGACAUUAACAGAGAAACAGGAUUGAUGUUAGUGUCAAGUGAUAUAAGUGCUGACAGUUGUGAUCAAACAGGUUUUGCUUAUAAAAUCUAAACAAUGCCAUGCUGGUUUUU